AUGGAAGAGGGGGAGCAGGCGAGUCUGGAGGACCUGCCCCUGGAAUCCGCAGCAGCAGUCUCCGCCGGAGGCGGGGCGGGCAGGUCACUGCCUGAAGCCCCUUCUCCUCCUUCGGAAGAGGAUGUGCUUGAAGGAGCGCCGGAAGUCCUGAUUGAAGACGGUGUAGAUGACCGGGUUGAGCGAGCUGUUGCAGUAGCCGAUCCAGAAGAAGAACUUGAAGAGCGGGUCGGGCACCUGGCAGGCCUCGCGGCAGAUGCCGUACAGGCUGUAGCUGAAGAAGAAGGGGAACCAGCAGAGCACGAACACGCCCAUCACCACGGCCAGCACGAAGGGCUCGGCGCGCCGGGGCGCGGGCCACCGCUCCUCCCGGCCCCUGUGCGCAGCCUCCGGCUCCAACUUUACUUUCCCGGGCAGGGCGCCGGCGCCGCCUCCGCCGCGCGUCCUCCUCCAGCUCCUCCUUCUGCUGCUCCAGGCGCCGGCGCCUCCCGCGGUCGGUGCCCUGCCGUGCGGGCGUCGCCUCGCCCUCCGGAGCUGCGCCGCCGCCGCCGCCGCCGCUGCCUCCUUCGCCGCCGCCGUGCGCUCGGCGCGAGUGCAGCCGCCGGGGCUCGGCUUCCAACUUGGGUAGAGUUGCGCAGCGGGGCGGGGCGGGGCGUGGGCGGGCGGGGCGGCCUGGCCCGCAGGCCAGCGCCGCCAGCCCGGGAAGUGCGGGCCCAGAGCCGGAGCCCGCGGCCGCCUCGGCGAACCUGCCCGCGCAGCGCCAGGGAGGGAUCCGGGCUUUGGCGCGGGGCGCGUGCGCUCCGCGAGGGCGCCCUCUCCAGGGCCGGCUGCGGUCUGCGGGACGGCGCUGCCUGCUGGCUGGCCGGCGCGGUCCAGGGCAGACUUGGGUCGAGGACAUCACAGAUUCUCUCCUGUGCUCUCCGGGGGGCACCGUUCCCAGCUGCUCUUUGCUUGGAUCCUGCCAAGGGCAAGUGCUCAGCCCGGAUCUCUUGGAUGGAACACAGAACCCAAUCUCCUACCCAACCUUGAACACCCCGCUCGGUGGUGUCCAGCCUGUGUUUGUCUGCCUGCAAUGAUGGGGACACAAAGCAGACCCUCAAGAUGUGUCCGUCGCGUUGAAGAAGGUUGAAUUGAAUUGAGCUGCAACGAAAUGAAAUCAUGUGCGUGGCGGAUGGCUGAGAGGUGCAAAAGAACACGUCCCCGGCUCCCGCACCCGUGCCCUGAGGCUCUGCAGACUGGACCCACGUAUUUGGGCUCAGGCGGAACCGGUGACAUAGCGCAAGACCAGUUAGACCGGGGCUUGACAGACACAGGUUCAAAUCUGACUCUUCCGACACUCGCUGGGGCUCUCUGUUCCUUGUCUGCAAGGUGGGGAUGAAAAUACCAGCAUGUCAGGACUGCUGAGGAGAUGUUUUGUUUCCCCUGAGUAAGAAGCUCAGGGCCAGAGGAGGACGGCCCCAUGAAGGUCUUUCUUCUCUGCUUCCCACCUUCUGGCACCCGGGACUUGUUUCAGGAUGCAGCCUGAGCACACACCCUGCCUCCCUGGCUGGUUCUGACCCAGUGGACUGAGGGGCCACAGUUUGAGAAAGUGCUUCAGAAUUCCCAAAGCUCGUAACUGUCUGAUUCCACUUCAUCCUUAUCACAGCCUGGCAGAAUAAAUAUGAUGAACCCACCUAUAAAACUGUUUUCGAUGCAUAAUUUAUAUAACGUAAACCUGACCCAUGACGAGUGUGUCUCAGAACUGCUUGAAGAUCAAAUAGGACCUGAUAAUGCUUUAUAAACUGUCAAGUGCAGUGCACACGGAAGGGUCUAUUGUUAUAGUAGCUUAUGACUGAUUUCCCUAUACAAGCUGUGUUAUUCCCUAUACAAGCUGUAUGGGGGUGUUCUGGCAUCAUUAUCUGAAGGGCUCCUGGGGAGGGGCUGUGGGCUGGCUGCAAACAGCAGAUCGACACAGAUGCAACAUCUGGGUGCCUCCCCGGGACACGGCCAGACCGCACGCGGCUGCUGCUUUUUUUUCUUUUACUUUUUUUUAACAUUUCAUUUGGAAAUAAUUUCAAACUGCAGAAAAGUUGCAAGAAUACAAACAGUACAAAGAACACCGGAUAUCUUUCGCCUGGAUUCAAUUUUUGCUAACAGUUUGCCCCUUUUAUUUUAUCAUUUGUUCUCUCUCCCCCUUCCCUUCUCCCCCCUCCCCCACAGGGGUGUGUGUGCUCUUUUUUCUCAUCUGUUUAUGAUCCAGCUGCACGCCUCGUAGCCCUCCACCCUCACAGAAUAGAGACACUGGCUCCCGUCACCCCAGUGACGUUGCCACCACUGCCCUGGCACCUUUACGAAACCUGCCACCCGUAUUCCCAUGGUGCCUGCUGCCCCAGUAGCGCCCUUCACAGCACCCUCUCUGGCACAGGACACUCUAGGAGCAGGUAUUGCAUUUCUUUGUCUUCUCUGGUUUCCUUUUAUCUGGACCAUUUCCACAGUCCAUCUUUCAUGUCACUGACAUUGUUGAAGAAUGCAGUGCUUUUUUAAUAGAAUGGUGCUCAUUUUGGGGUCUGGCCAGGUCCCUUGGGAUUAGGCUCAGGGUUACGUUCCCAGCCGCAACACGCAGAUGGCGUGUCUCUCUCCAGGUUCUGCACUCCAGGCCUCUCACUGCUCGUGCUGUUGCUGAUGAGCUGGUCAAGGAGCUGUGUGAUUUAUCUGCUGUAUAAUUACUCUUUAUUUCCUUGUAACUAAUAAACAGUCGUGGAGGGAGAUGCUUUAAGACCAUGGAAAUUGUCUGCUUCUCAUCACCAUCUCUCCCUAGAUUUAGCAUCCAUUAAUGCCUCUUGCUGAUCCAAUCUUCGGUUGCAGAAUGUUGGUUUUCAAACCCAGCACUGCCCCCACAUUUCAUCAGUCAGUAUCCAGCAUCCUACUGAAAUGACAGCUCUUCUGUCUCAUCUAUGUAUCUAUGUAUCUAUCUAUCAUCCAUCUCUAUCUAUCUAUCUAUC